AUGUCUGGCUUCGAUACCGAGCACUCACGCUUCGCUACAAAGUACUCUCUUUAUCUUUACCGAGAGGAAGGGGUGGAUUAUUACACCGAGGAUAAUAUUGGUUUAAGAGGAGCACCUGUCCUCUUCCUUCCAGGAAAUGCAGGAAGCUACAAACAGGUUCGAUCGUUGUCCUCAGAGGCUUCACGGUACUUCCACAAUGUGGUACAGCAUGACCAAGAAGCCAUUCGCGCUGGCACAAGCAGUUUGGACUUCUUCAUGAUUGACUUCAACGAAGAUCUUGCUGCGUUUCAUGGACAGACCAUAAUCGAUCAAGCGGACUACGUCAAUGAGGCUGUUGCAUACAUACUCUCUCUGUAUCAUGACCCUCACAGAUCCAGACGAGAUCCCCGUCUCCCCGACCCCAGCUCGGUUAUCUUGAUUGGACAUUCGAUGGGCGGAAUUGUAGCAAGGACAGUCUUAAUCACACCAAACUAUCAAUCAAACUCAGUCAAUACCAUCAUCACCAUGUCUACUCCCCAUGCCAGGCCUCCUUUAUCUUUCGAUUCAGAUAUGGUCAAAACAUAUCAGCGAGUGAAUGACUACUGGAGAGAAUCGUACUCGCAAAAAUCAUCUAGCAACAAUCCUUUAUGGCAUACAACCUUGAUUUCGUUUGCAGGGGGAGGUCGUGACACAAUGGUACCUUCAGAUUAUACGAGUCUCUCUUCUCUAGUGCCCGAGACACAUGGUUUCACAGUCUUCACGUCUACUAUACCAGAUAUCUGGACUAGCAUGGAUCAUCUUGCAAUUACAUGGUGUGACCAAUUUCGAAAGGUCCUGAUCAAAUCCCUUUUUGAAGUUGUGGACGUUCGAAGAGCGGCGCAGACCAAACAUCGAACUGAGCGGAUAAAGGUAUUUCGAAAAUGGCUGUUGACCGGCUUGGAAGCAGCUGCCCCGAAGACAUUACCGUGGCAUGAUCCCACCGUCUUGUUGACCCUAAGCGAUAGUUCUAGGUCAAUGAUCUUGCAGUCAAGCAACCUCACUAUCAGGAGACUGGGCGCAGCGGGCCAAACAAAUGCACAGCUACUUCCUCUCCCAUCUGGUGAGGAGGCUGAUGGGAAGCUAAUUACCAUUCUGACUGACCAAGCCAUGGACAAGCUUGGAGAUCUCGAAAAGCUUGAAGUCCUCUUUUGCAGCAUCUUUCCUUUACCACAUGGACACUCUUCCACCUUGCUUCCAGUAGAAAUCGACCUAUCUGAUGGCAGCCCUGGGGCCACGCGACUUGCGUGCAAAAAAGCUGGUGGUGAUGCCAUACACCUACCAGCUUCAACAAGGACUUCGAAGCACGCCUUUGACCAAGCUUCGCCUUUCACUUACCUUCAGUAUCAUGCAGCAGAUGUUGAAGAGCACCAAUUCCUAGCUGUCGUUGACAAAGCCAAUGAUAUAAGCGAUGGCUGGUUAAUUGCUGAGAUUGCAGAAAAGUCGAGAACUUUCAUGGUAGCUGAUAUAAGCCUGAAAAGGCUGUUGAUGACCGGCCUUCAUGUCGAACUACCAGCAGAUCGUCCGUUAAUGACAGACAUAAGAGUGCCUGUGCUACACUCUAGUCUUUUAGCAUACUCUUUAAGAUUGGGCAAUCUAGGAUGUGGUAGUGCCACAGAACUCUUCACUCCUCUACUUCGUCAAUACAUCGGCCAGCCACAUGAAAGCAAAUUCUUUGUCAACUUCAAGCAGGCAGACAUCAGUCUUCACGGUAUUGCGCCAUUCAUGCCACCAGCAUUGAAAGGGGAGGAAUUGGCAAGUGGAGUUUCCUUUCAGCUCUGGACCGACCCUACUUGUGACGCAUCGUUAAAUCUUGCGUUGAAGGUUGAUGUUACUGGCAGCCUGGGUAAACUGGUCAUGAGAUACCGUACUCUCUUGGCUGCUUUCCCACUGAUGAUUGUGGCAAUGGUUCUCCGGAAACAAUUUCGAGUAUAUGAUGAUACCGGUAUUUUCAUCACCUUCACUGAGAGCCUGGACAAAUGUCUGCGGACCUCGUUACCAAUUCUUUUCCUCGCCAUGACUUUGUUUGCAACGUCAGUGGCCCAAUCACCCACUUUUGCCUUCCGGUACAAUCAAACCGCGAACUUGACGGAAGCACUGGUAGAUUACACGCAGAAUGAUCUCUUCCUGGGCUCAUCAGACACCUUUUUUUGGUUCCUUGUGCCUCUGACUGGUCUGGUCAGUGUUGGUGCCUGCAUUGCAAUCAACUAUCUCGUCCUUGCCGUAACCUACCCUUUGUCCAUAGUUUACUCCUACUCGACCACUAAAUCUGGCUAUAUCAAGCACGAAGAGCCACAAACAGUCAUUUGCUCCACCUUUGUACCUAGCACUCCUCGGCGCCGUGCGAUCAACACCAUCAUUCUCUUAGUGUUUGUGGCUUUUGUCAUACCAUACCAGUUCGCAUACGUGGUGGCUUGUAUUGUUCAGCUAGCAACCUCGACGCGGGCGUUGAGGUUUGCUCGAGAAAUGAGAUCAGCCACUCUGAUGAACUUCUCCAACUAUACACACUCCAUAUUCAUUCUCAUGCUGUGGGUUUUGCCUAUCAACCUGCCGGUUUUGAUCGUCUGGAUACACAACCUAUCCGUCCAUUGGCUCACACCAUUCUCCAGUCAUCAUAAUGUCCUCUCAAUCAUGCCAUUCAUCAUCUUGGUUGAAACUCUGACGAGCGGCACCAUGAUUCCGAGGAUUACGACGAAGGUCCGGUACCUGACUAAUGUCAUAUUCUUCAGCUUGGCGGUUUUCACGGCCAUGUAUGGUGUCACUUAUGCUUAUAUGCUGCAUCAGUUGGUCAACCUAGUUGCGCUGUGGCUUGUCAUCGUGCAUUAUGCAUACCAAAGCGGGUUUCCUCUGAGUGGGCUCAAGGGUCUUCUCGAAGGAGACGAUGAUACAGAUGUGAACGCUGAUGUUAAGAAGAUGCCGUGA